CGUUGUCCACUGAACUAAGCGCGGAUUGACAUCUGAGUGUGUACUUCAGGCACACGUGAGUGGCAGAAGUGCACAUGAAAAUCCUGCGGGCCUACUGCGUGUGCGUGAGCCAGCGCUCCCGUGGGCGCGCACAAGUUUGAGCGCCGCGCUUUUCCUCGGGAGGAAGUAACCCAUGCUUGGGUGUGAGUUUGCACAGUUGAGUACCUAGUUUGCAGGGUCUGAGUGUACAUCAAUACAUGCACGUGUUAAGUGCCUGCGUGCAACAGUGUGCGCACACGUGAGAGAACGAGCGGGGGCUCUUUUGGGGGACCCCAGGCACUGCUGGCCCCCGCAGAACAAGCGUUUCUCUCUCGCUCCGGUGGAGCCCGCGGCGCCGGAGACAAAGCGGCAUCCGCCUGCUGUGCGCUUUCGUUUUCCUCCUUCGCUAAUAAGGUCCCGCGGCUGCCCGCGCGCGCUUCUGGGCGAGUCCGAAAAGUCCCCGGCGCAGCUCAGUCCUUCCCGGGGCGGGGAGAGAGGGUAGGCGGUCCUUCCCGGGGACCUACGCCGGUCGGUCUCGGGUACCCGCAGCUGGGCCGACUGUGGCCGCGACAGCAACAGUUGCGGUUUUCAGCUGGCUUAAUGCUUCGAGGAAGGCCCAGGACCCAGGAGGCGUUUCCCGCCGCGCCGCUCGAACAGGGUAGGAGGGGGUCGGGGUGCAGCGGGGCUGAACCGCAGUCAGCGGGCGUGUUAACACUUGCUCGCCAGGUUGGUGGAGGCGGGGCGGGUUCUCCGGACAGCCUCUGGGAGGCAAGGGCCCCUGGGGGCCCUUUAGGCGCCCACCAACGCAGAGGUCCCAGGGGCUGCGAGGGGAGGGGGCUGCACUCCGCGAGGGUCGUCCGCGGGCCCGCGAGUGUCCGCCGGGAGUGGAUGCAGUGGGGCCAGCCGGGGACCUGCGUCUAGGAGUCCAGCUCGGUGGAAAACGGCGGCCUAGUGCUGCUCCCCGCGGGGGCGCACGACCCUUAGAAGUGGUGCCUCCCCACCUUAUUAUUAUUAUUAUUAUUUUUGCGGGGGCGGGCCUCCACCCGAACUGCAAAAAGACUGCCCGUUAGCCUCCGCUGGGCUCCUUCCCCGGUGGGAGUGCGAGAGAGAAAGAGGGAGGAGAGAGAGGUGGGGGAGGAGGGAGUUGGAGAGGGGGACUUUGCGCCAACCCUCCCGCCGAUCCGGCGACUCCUUCGGGAGGCCGGGAGGGGUGGGGGGAGGGCGCGCAGAGGCUCGCUCGGGAGAAGUGGCCGCGGAUGACGGCAGAGGUGCAGCCAGCCCCGCGCGCGCAGCCCCCUCCCCCUCCUCCUCCCCCUCCUCCUCUUCCUCCUCCUCCUCCUCCUCCUCCUCCUCCCGGCUCCUCGGCGGCUCAGAGCAGCGGCGGCAGCGGCGGCGGCGGCAGCAGCCACCCGAUGUCUUCGGCGCCCGAGAAGCAGCAGCCUCCGCACGGCGGCGGGGUUGGCGGCGGCGGGGGAGGCGGCUCGGCCAUGGACCCCGCGUCGUCCGGCCCGUCCAAGGCCAAGAAGACGAACGCGGGCAUCCGGCGGCCCGAGAAGCCGCCCUACUCUUACAUCGCGCUCAUCGUUAUGGCCAUCCAGAGCUCGCCCACCAAGCGCCUGACGCUCAGCGAGAUCUACCAGUUCCUGCAGAGCCGCUUCCCCUUCUUCCGCGGCUCCUACCAGGGCUGGAAGAACUCGGUGCGCCACAACCUCUCGCUCAACGAGUGCUUCAUCAAGCUGCCCAAGGGCCUGGGGCGGCCGGGCAAGGGCCACUACUGGACCAUCGACCCCGCCAGUGAGUUCAUGUUCGAGGAGGGCUCGUUCCGUCGCCGGCCGCGCGGCUUCCGAAGGAAAUGCCAGGCGCUCAAGCCCAUGUACAGCAUGAUGAACGGGCUGGGCUUCAACCACCUCCCGGACACCUACGGUUUCCAGAGCUCGGCCGGCGGCCUCUCGUGCCCGCCCAACAGCCUGGCGCUGGAAGGGGGCCUAGGCAUGAUGAACGGCCACUUGCCGGGCAACGUGGACAGCAUGGCCCUGCCCAGUCACUCAGUGCCCCACCUGCCCAGCAACGGAGGCCACUCGUACAUGAGCAGCUGCGGCGGCGCAGGGGCAGGCGACUACUCGCAUCACGACAGCUCGGUGCCCGCGUCCCCGCUGCUGCCCGCGGGCGCCGGCGGCGUCAUGGAGCCUCACGCCGUCUACUCGAGCUCGGCCACCGCCUGGCCGCCCUCGGCCUCCGCUGCGCUCAACAGCGGUCCCUCUUACAUCAAGCAGCAGCCCCUAUCCCCCUGCAACCCUUCCGCCAACCCCCUGUCCGGCAGCCUCUCCACGCACUCCCUGGACCAGUCGUACUUACACCAAAACAGUCACAACACCCCCGCUGAACUGCAAGGUAUACCGCGGUAUCACUCCCAGUCGCCCAGCAUGUGUGACAGAAAGGAGUUCGUAUUUUCUUUCAACACCAUGGCGUCUUCGUCCAUGCACUCAGCUGGCAGCAGCUCCUAUUAUCACCAGCAGGUCACCUACCAAGACAUCAAGCCUUGUGUGAUGUGAGGCCCCGGCCGCCACCUCCUUGGGGCUCUUCCCGGCAGGCCCCCACACAAGGGAGCUCGGAACCUCUCACACAGACUGACACAUUCUCGAGGUAUAACCGUCUGCAGAAGAAAAGGGUUUGACCCCUACCAACACCCCCCCUCAACCGGAUUAUUUGAAAAGGGAUCCUUGCAGCGAAGACCCUAAGGCAGUGGCCCCCACCCACUCAAAAAAAUUCAAAAUUGGUGGCAAGGGGACCUAUUGUGACUGUGGCUGUGGGCAAAGAGGUGGCUCUUUUGGAUCCCAGGGAGACCCACCCAGAAGGUGCUGUGCUGGGACGGGGGCAAUCCUCAACAUCUGAAUAAGAUUCUGCUGCGGUCUCUCCCGCCCCCCACCCGCACCACAAGGCAAAAGUGAAGGUGAAGGAGGAUUUCUAGAAGAAAACAUGAGAUCAUUAUUAUCAAAUAUUUUCAAUGUUUUGGUUGAGUAUUUAUCUUUUUAUUUUUAAAAACGUCAUUGUUUUUGUUGUUGGAAAGAAUGUCUCAGAACAUGCAAGCCUCCUGGUAGAGCUGUCUUUUUGCAGGAAAGGGACAUGUGUGUCAAGAGUUCAUCCACUCCCCCUGCCUCCCCCCAUCCCCCAUUGAGAUAUCCUCCAGCAACAGGUGGAGCUUUGUUCCAACAACUCGCAUCUCUGAAGCCACUGUUCUUCCCGAAUGAAAAUCACGGGAGCCGAGCCUGGGUCAUGGCUCCCCAUGCGUCCACCCUCCCCAGGUGCCUCCUGGGGAGGGUGUCUGUGCUUCAGUCUUUUAAAAAUUUUAUUACUGUCAUUUUCUUUUCUUUUCUUUUUUUUUGUUGGGGAUUGUCUUUGGACUGUUUUGUGGGUGCUUUUCUCACAAGAUCAUGUUCUCUUCAUAUCUCUACUGUAAACUUUCUGGUCCAAGAAGAAGGUGAACACCGUGCUAUGGCAGCGGGAACCCAGAAGGCCCGGUGCCCUCGCCUAUUCAGGAUUGCGGCAACGCAGAAAGGUUAAGGCACUUUUUAGAAAGAAAGAAAGAAAGAAAGAAAGAAAGAAAGAAAGAAAGAAAGAAAGAAAGAAAGAAAGAAAACUAUAGCAAGGUUCAUGCUGUUAUUUAUUCUACUUCCCCUAGUAAUCAAAACAUCGCAUAGGGUCCUCCGUUUAUCAGUAUUAAUGGUGUAACUUUGUUGGCAAUAUUUGCCGCAUAGAACUUUUUUUUAAGAUAUCCAUUGUAAAUUUGAACCAAAGUCUGAUCUGUGUAAAAACAAAUUUCCAUAUGUUUAUAUAAAUAUAUAUAUAUAAAAUGAAGGAUUAACCCCGUUUUUUUUUUUUUUUUUAGUAUUUUGGCUGCCGGGGUGCAGCAUUUGUGACACGCAUUUUAAACUUCCUUCUGCACUGUAUAAAAUGACCAUUUGAAGAUGUUUUGCCUUUUGUGUAUUUUUUCCUAAAAAAAAAAAGAACAAAAAUAAAAAUGUAUAACAUUUGUACAUGGCCUUUAACACUGUACCAACUAGAAAUAAAAUCGCAUGGAUAUUUUA